CGUUCUGGUGGCACUGCCGUGCUGCUCUGCUCGGCUCGCGGUCUCCACGGCACCUCUUGUUUUUAUGUGUGUGUGUGUAUAUAUGUGUGUGUAUGUGUGUGUGUUUCUGAGAGCCACCACUUCAACACUUUACACGACAGGAGGAAUUCACGGAGAAAUUAGCCUGUCGGUUUUGUGGGCAGAGCGAAGGAUAAGUUGUGCGAAGGAAGAGACAUGUUUUUAAUGGGGGGAAGAGACACUGUGUGGCUGUCUUUACUUCCAACCAGCGUUAAAGCUACUUUGAUGCAACCGCUUAGCUAACAAGCUAACUGGCAAUGUUUUCAGAAACUAGCCAGUUUGUUAGCCUGCUAGCUAGCUAAACCGGACGGAGAAAUUCCCUGUGUACAUUUAACAAGAUACAAGAUAUAACGAUACUAUCUUUAGAUACACCAAGGCAACGAAUUGCGGCGACGUCUCAAACUGGGUAUGUUGAAUGUUUAGGGCUCUUGUGUCCGCUUAGUCGCUCAUUUCCAGCAGGGACAAUAGUUGACUGUCCAGGCAACAAGUCUAGCACACACUGCUGUUUAAACGCUGCUCAAGUUUCUGCUAAUCUUCUGCAGUGUUGUUAUUAGUAACCGCCCGGGUCUAGUUAGCUAAACAUGAAGACUCUGUCGUAAAAAAUGGGCGUUUUGGAUAAAGUAAAUGUAGUGUUAUACAAAGGAAAGUGCGGCUGCACUUUAUAGAUCCCCGUUUUUAAGUGGAUAGGUUCACUCUGUUGUAUAGGAGGAGCUGAUGUCAGUUAGUCGAUACAACUAUUGACGAGGAGACGAGGUGGAUGAACAUUAUAAAUCGCCCACAUGCUUUGGAUCAGUUCCCGGACUUGUGAAAGGCAUCUGAAGCAGAAGGUGGGAGACGUGAGCGCACAACCCUUGCAGCCCGGGGGAAGAUGGCGGAGCGUUCCCGUAAGAGGUGGUGAAACCAAAACUUGGGGACUUGUUGGAUUUAUCGCCAGAUAUCUGAUCCCAGAUCAUAGGACACAUGCAGGCCAAAAAACGGUACUUAACCCUCUUCUCCGCCGGUGCGUGUGUCAUCCUGUUGUUUUGUUUUGGGGGGAUACAAGUCCCGCUAUCCAGACGGGGUCCCGGCCGGCGUGAUGACCGCAGCCUCACCGGGGCGCGGUGGCGUCGCUUCCCGGGGUCCCUGCAGCCUUUCAACUCCUGGGAGCAAGACCGGAGCGAUGAUCAGAAUGAACACAUAUCUCCUAGGCAGAAGAGGGACGCCAACUCAGGCGUGUACACUGCAAGGCGCUGCAGAAUGGAGUCCUGCUUUGAUUUCUCCCUGUGUGAGAGGAAGGGAUUUAAAGUUUAUGUCUACCCCCAGCAGAAAGGGGAGAAGAUGUCAGAGAGUUAUCAGAACAUCUUGUCCUCGAUUGAAGGAUCCAGGUUCUACACACCCGACCCAGGACAGGCAUGCCUGUUUGUCCUGAGUUUGGACACUCUGGACCGGGACCAGCUUUCACCCCAGUACGUGCACAACUUGAAAGCAAAAGUCCAGAGCCUUCCUCUGUGGAAUGGGGGCAAAAACCACAUCAUCUUUAACUUAUACUCUGGCACCUGGCCAGACUACACAGAAGACCUUGGCUUCGACAUUGGCCUUGCAAUGUUGGCCAAGGCCAGCAUCAGCACCGAGAACUUCAGGCCCAACUUUGACGUUUCCAUCCCUCUUUUCUCUAAAGACCACCCUAGGACAGGAGGGGAAAGGGGCUACUUGAAACAUAAUACCAUUCCCCCUUAUAGGAAGUACAUGCUUGUUUUCAAGGGGAAGAGGUACCUAACUGGAAUAGGUUCAGACACUAGGAAUGCUUUAUAUCAUGUUCACAACUCAGAGGAUGUGGUCCUCCUCACCACCUGUAAGCAUGGGAAAGACUGGCAGAAACACAAGGAUGCACGCUGUGACAAAGACAAUGCAGAAUAUGACAAGUAUGACUAUAGAGAGAUGCUGUACAACUCCACCUUCUGUCUGGUACCUCGAGGACGACGGCUGGGUUCCUUUCGCUUUUUAGAAGCUUUGCAGGCAGCUUGUGUGCCAGUGAUGCUGAGUAAUGGCUGGGAGCUUCCCUUCUCAGAGAUCAUCGACUGGAACACAGCAGCUGUGAUUGGUGAUGAAAGGCUGCUAUUACAGAUUCCCUCAACGGUGCGCUCCAUCCAUCAGGAUAAGAUCCUGUCCUUGAGACAGCAGACGCAGUUCCUAUGGGAGGCUUACUUCAACUCUGUGGAGAAGAUCGUACUGACCACACUGGAGAUCAUCCAGGACCGGGUACUGCAGCACACCUCAAGGAGUAACCUCAUGUGGAACAGUCUGCCUGGAGGCCUUUUCACCCUUCCUCAGUACUCUACAUACCUGGGAGAAUUCCCCUUCUACUACGCUAAGCUGGGUAUUAAGCCCUACCCGAAGUUUACAGCGAUCAUUCACGUGGUGACCCCACUGGUCUCCCAGUCCCAGCCAGUCAUGAAGCUGCUUGUCGCUGUGGCCAAAUCCCAGUACUGUGCUCAGGUGAUAAUUCUGUGGAACUGUGACAAGCCUCUUCCUGCCAAGCACCGCUGGCCUCCCACCUCAGUCCCUGUUAUUGUUAUAGAGGGUGAAAGCAAGGUGAUAAGCAGUCGUUUUUUGCCCUACGACACCAUCCCCACUGAUGCUGUGCUCAGUCUUGAUGAGGACACCGUGCUCUCCACUACAGAGGUGGACUUUGCCUUCACAGUGUGGCAGAGUUUCCCAGACCGCAUUGUUGGUUACCCAGCCCGCAGUCACUUCUGGGAUAGCAACAAGGAGAGGUGGGGCUACACUUCCAAAUGGACCAACGACUACUCCAUGGUGCUGACUGGGGCUGCCAUCUAUCACAAAUACUACCACUACUUGUACACCACCUACCUUCCAGCCAGUCUGAAGACCAUGGUUGACCAGAUGUCAAACUGUGAGGACAUUCUGAUGAAUUUUCUGGUGUCCUCAGUCUCUAAACUACCACCAAUCAAGGUCACCCAGAAGAAACAAUACAAGGAGACCAUGAUGGGACAGAGCUCCCGGGCUUCUCGCUGGGCUGACCCGGACCAUUUUGCCCAGCGUCAGACCUGCAUGAACAAGUUUGCCAGCUGGUUUGGCACAAUGCCCCUGGUCCAUUCUCAGAUGAGGCUGGACCCAGUCCUGUUCAAAGACCAGGUGUCCAUACUGCGGAAGAAGUACAGGGACAUCGAGAGGCUAUAACCCUCCAGAGCCCCCCACUCAAUGAACAGAACAAAGACAGAGUGAGGGGGCGGACACAUGGAGAAACUCAGAGCCUUUCCAUGAUUCCAUGGAUGGAUCAGUGGAGAAACAAACAUGAUCGGGUACAGGGGGAGAGAAGGAAAAUAAACUAGAACAGCUGUGGAGGACACCACAUUCACUGGUCUCUUUGGUUGUCCCUCCCCCAUUUAUCCUUUCUACCCUUUCUCCUAUGUGUAUUGGGGGAUAGCUAAGCACACAGGUCCCACUAUAUACACUAUGACUACAACCAACUGAAGGACACCUGAGGACUUAAAAACUUUGAACUGAAGUGGUCAAAGUCAUGGAGUUGUUGGAAAUCAUAGCUUGCUGCUUCAGUGUCCCAACAGUGGCAAACCACCAACUCCAACCCACUGAAAAAGACUGCUCCGCUCUGUACAUUCUGCACAGGUUCCUGAAAGUUUUUGCUGACAAAAUAUUAAUGAUAAUUAUGACUAUGAAGAGGAGAACACUAUUUUGGGAUUGUGUUUAGCUAUUUUUUUUAUACAGUGAAUGAAUGGCCAGCACUACUCUCUGUAUUGUCUUAAUUGAAACCAAUAGCAGGGUGGGUGAAGAGAGGAAUGACAACCCCUCGACCACAGAACUGAGUUAUGAUGGUUGAUCUGAUAUUCACAGUGCCUCAAGUUUGUCUAAUGGCGUUUGGAUCUGGGAGUCUGAGAAAAGGACAUGGUGCAAAAUGAGCACCUUGAUCUUGCUGCUUUUUUGAUUUUAUUUUAUUAUUCGUGAUUUUGGAUUGGAAUAUGGAUCUUCAGGUCAGCAUUCACAUUUUUUCACUCACUAAUUUUAAUGGAAAAUUGUUAUUUUGAACUUUUUUUUCCCUUACACAACUAGCUUAAUCUCAAUAAAGUUGCUACGUGGGGAUGGAUAUCCAUAAAAAGUCAAUGGAAUUCUCUUUUUUCAUUUUAGACAGAAAUUCUUCUUCAUUACUUUUUUUUUUUGGUAAAGACAUAUGACAAGCUAGAAUUGGUACUUGAAUGUGUGCUGGCCUGAAGAACAAUAGAGAAUCAUUAGAAUUGCCUUGGGUAAGGGAGGCUGAGCUUGCCAAUUGAGCCAACCAAUGGUCUGUUUAAAACACAAACCACUGUGAAAACUAGAGAAUGGAUCUUUCUUGGCUUGGUUAGUGAGGGAUAUUUAUUAUACGGUUAUUGUCUCUAUGCCAUAGACCCAAUUUCAUUUUGUCCAGUGAGGUUUGGCAGUAGCCCUGGUUGACAAGUACUUGACAUGGGCUAAUACUGCUUUCAUCAUGUAGCGUCAAGCAGUCAGAGUUGGCAUCAUAUUAAAUAUAUUUUUUCCACUUGUUAUAAACAAAUGUGACCAGAUGGGCAAAAAAUUUUUUUGUGGUGCUGUUUAAAGUUAUAGGGUAGAAAUUGACACCUUUCGGGAGAUAUGCUCUAUUAAGUAAUUAUUCUCAUUUGUGCUAUUUCUUCAACAUAAAUACAUGUAAUUAGAAUACUUUCAGUUUCCAGUAUAUUUGCAGAAUGACAGUUUGAUCAACACAGAUUUAAACAGCCAUUCAGCUUUGAGAGAUUCUGAUUGCCAAUGGCCACAUUCAAGAGGCAAAAUGUAAAACCCGGAUGUUCAAGUAUGUUCCAUAAUUUCAGCAUUUUUCACAAAUAACAUCUUGAUGCGUUUUUAUGUUAUUUUUCACAACUUGAGACAUGGAUCUCAUCUGUAUGAUUGCCACGUGUCAGUGGAACAUGAAAUUGGGUUUUUGCAGAUGGAUCAAUAGGCCAAAUGACUAGUCAGUACAAGUGUUUGGGUCCAUUCACGUCAGUCAACAGUCACGCUUCAUUUUAGUUCUGCCUUGAUAUGUCAUAUCAGGUUCUCCGAAAAUGUUAAUUUGAUGAAUCUAGAAUGUGUACCUGCGAUUUUUAAAUCACUGUGCAUCAUCAACUCAAAGUUCACCUGUCCAUGAAGUAUCCUGUAAAGCCAGCAACACUAAUAUAGAAAUCUAACCACACCUGCCCUGAUGCCUCCUUUGGUAGCUCCAGCUUCAGUUUUGUGAAAAAUAAAUGAUCAUUUUGCUAAGCUUCUCCAUUCUGUACCUUUCACCCCAAUGUGUGCCAAUAGAUCAAAUAUAUUUUUGUUUUUAUAAUUUUCGUCUGAUAUGAGGAAUGCCAUGCAUUCUCAUAUUUAUUUGGUUCAUUAGAAGUAUAUCCUGUCAGUAUAAGAUAAAAUGUGUGAGGAAAGAGAGGGGGACAGGAAUGAAAGAGUGUAUGCGUGAGAGACUGAGAAAUCAGCAGAGAAGGGUGCUGCAUGGUAUUUUACACUUGUGAGAAUGUAAUAUGAGUUUGACAGCAAACAAACAAUCCUAGUAUUACUGAAGCACAGUGCUAUCAAGACAACUGAAUAUGGUCGUAAACAGAAUCACAUUUCAGAAAUGAACUUGGUGCAAUAUUUAAGACGACAGUUUAUCUAUCUUUUUUUUUUCUUUCCUGAUGUUGUUGUUUCAGAGGGCAGGGGGUUAUAUAUUGAUGUGCCUUCAGAAGAAAUACGCUUUAGUUAAUUUUUUUCCCCCAUCUGCCUUGUGCAUGGAGCAAGUCCCUGUUUUCAUUUCAUAGUAGGUUGUUUUUUGUUUUCUUUAUCAAUAUCCAGUAACACAUAAUGGCUUCCUAAAAGAUAUUGUUUAACACUGGAGUGCUACUAAGACUUAUCACCACACAUCCGAUUCUGACAUUCCUGCCUUUUCUGUUGUAGGAACUUUUUUUUAUGCGUACUGCCUUGUAUUACUAUACUUGUGAGGGCACAAUAGAGGACCCCUCUUCCUGGUUGUCACAAGUAUAGUAAUACAUGUAACACACACAUAAUCCUCCCAUAAACAGUAUUUAUACAACAGGAUUUUGUCUCCACUGAAUCUCUACUGGCUUCCUUUACUUUCUUCUGUAACUGCAGACCUAAUUUUAUAGAAAUUAAAAUGGAAAGAUAGAGGAAAAAUCACAGUUUUGUAAAAGAAUUUUAUAAAAACAAUACAAAAAAAAAAAUCAAGGAAUAAAAUGUUUGAUAUAAA